GCAGGGAGGGUCGCUACCUGUCUGUGUGUACGUGUGUAUUUGCGUCGUCUGGCUGGCUGCGUCUGUGUGCGUGUUUGCGAUUUUGCCAGUACAACAAGAAUUGUAUUGUGACAGACGCAGAGUUGCUCUGAGUGGUGAGAACUCUUUCUCUUUUGUUGUUGAGGUUGUGGUGUUGGUGGUGGCCGUCGUCUGCUCUAAACAGGGUUGUUGCACUGUCCAUAAUUGCAAAGCAUGCACAUUUCAUUGGUGUUUGCCCAGCACACAGGGGCACAAAACCAAUAAGAAUUUGCCCAAUUGAUUUUUGUGCAAACCAGCUUUGGUGUUCUGUGUGUAUGUUGUGCUGAGUGCGUGUUUUUCUGGGGCCCGCCACUAACGUGUGAGCGCUGGACAACUCUGGCAGCUGGUGAAUUCAAGUCGCUGUGGUGAGUUUGGUCUUUGUUGAGAAAAAAAAUGUCGACGCGAAAAGUAUUUAAUCAUUAGUCAGAAAAGCCCGUCUAUGCGAAUUCUGUAAAUUGGGAAAUCAAUUCAAACUGAAGAUAUAACACGGCGUAAAACUGGAUAAAGUGGCAAAAACAAGGCGCAAGUUAUGUAAAUGAAAGCGAGUGCAAUAUAUGCAGCACACAAAUUUGCCAGACUGCGACACGGUGGCGUUCCUGUCGACCACAAAGUGAAACUGCUGCGGGGAAAGUCGCACACGCAUAGACACAUACAUACACAUAGACGCAACAUUGGCAAGAAGAAGAUCAAUAACAAUAACUAGAAGCAGGAGUGAAGCCUCAGCACAAGAUGGACAAUUGCGAUCAAGACGCUGGCUUUCGGCUGGGUCCGAUCAAGGAGGAGGUCAAGCCCGACAUAUCCCAGCUGAAUGACAGCAACAACAGCAGCUUCUCGCCCAAGGCCGAGAGUCCGGGCCCCUUCAUGCAGGCCAUGAACAUGGUCAAUGUCAACAACAACAAUAAUCCCAAUCAACAGCAGCAACAACAGCAACAGCAGCAGCAGCAACAAUAUCCGCCAAAUCAUCCGCUCAGUGGGUCAAAGCACCUGUGCUCCAUAUGCGGAGAUCGAGCCAGCGGCAAACACUAUGGCGUUUACAGCUGUGAGGGCUGCAAGGGCUUCUUCAAGCGCACGGUGCGCAAGGAUCUCACAUACGCUUGCCGGGAGAAUCGCAACUGCAUCAUCGAUAAGCGGCAGCGGAAUCGCUGCCAAUAUUGCCGUUAUCAGAAGUGCCUCACAUGCGGCAUGAAGCGCGAGGCCGUGCAGGAGGAGCGACAACGAGGUGCCCGUGCCUCCACCGGACGAUUGAGCGGUGGCGGUGCAGCCGGUGGUGGCGGAGCUGGCUCCGGCUCUGGCGUUGGCAUUGGCGUAGGCGGCGGCGGUGGUGCCGGCAGUGGUGCCAAUAGCGCCUCCGAUGACUUCAUGCCCAACAGCGUGUCCCGCGACUUCACCAUCGAUCGUCUCCUGGACGCUGAGCAACGGGCGGAGGCGCUCAGCGGCGAUAACGCGUUGGCAUUCCUGCGUGUCGGACCCAACUCGACGGUGCAACCGGACUACAAAGGCGCCGUCUCGGCGCUCUGCCAGGUGGUCAACAAACAGCUCUACCAGAUGGUGGAGUAUGCCCGGCUAAUGCCUCACUUUGCCCAGCUGCCGCUCGACGAUCAGGUGAUCCUGCUGAAGGCGGCAUGGAACGAGCUGCUCAUUGCGAACGUGGCCUGGUGCAGCAUCGAGUCGCUGGACGAAGCGAUCGCCGGGGUGGGCCACGACAGCGCCUUUGAUCGGCGGUCACCGGUGCUGCAGCCGCAGCAGCUGUUCCUCAGCCAGAGCUUCUCGUACCAUCGCAACAGUGCGAUCAAAGCGGGCGUCCAGGCGAUCUUUGAUCGCAUACUGUCCGAGCUGAGCGUCAAGAUGAAGCGCCUCAAUUUGGAUAGACGCGAGCUGUCCUGCCUGAAGGCCAUCAUCCUGUAUAAUCCGGACAUCAGGGGCAUCAAGAAUCGUGAAGAUAUCGAGCACUGUCGCGAGAAGGUCUACGCCUGCCUCGACGAGCACUGCCGGCUGGAGCAUCCGGGCGAUGAUGGGCGUUUCGCUCAGCUGCUGUUGCGAUUGCCUGCGCUGCGUUCGAUCAGUUUGAAGUGUUUGGAUCAUCUCUUCUUCUUUCGCAUCAUCAGCGAUCGGCCGCUGGAUGAGCUGUUCAUCGAGCAGCUGGAGUCGCAGCCGCCGCCGGGCCUGAUCCUGAGGCCGGAGUGAAUUCGAUACGGCUUGUUAUCGAUCGAUCAUGUAUCGCAGCAUGUUGUCGAUCGAUUGUUUCAUUGUGAUUGAGUUUGUUUGCAUUUCUCUGCCAACCACGCCUCCUUUCCCCGAUUUCCUCUCCUCCCCAAUAUUAAUCUGAAUGAUCUGAUCUAUAUUUCACUCUCUAAUUAGUAACAUGAAUGUUAUAAAAUUAUAUACUAAAUAUGUAAUGUAUUUUUUUUUUUUUUUUAAUGAUAUGUAAUAUAUAUAUAUACAUAUAUAUGGUUUAAAUAUAUAUAUUUUUUUAAUUUUUAUUUUGCAAACUAGAAAAUGUUUUCCUUAAGAUUCAACGAUAAAAACAAAAAGAAAAUAAAACAGUUAUAUGAAUGUGGCGUUGGCUGACAUAGUUAUAUAUAUAUAUAUAUAUAUAUCUGCUAUAUAUGUAUAUAUAUGUGCAUACCUACAUAGAUACAUAUAUCAAAUAUAAGCAAAAUGUAAUUAUUUCUUAAAAUAAUUGUAUCCAAACGUUAUAAAAUACAUGCGAAUUAAUGAAUAUGUAUGUAUUUAAUAUAUAUACAUGUACAUA